AUGGCGGCGGCGGCGGCGGCGGCGGCGGCGCGGAGCCUGGCGCGAUCCCGGGGGGGGCCUCCUGCUGCCUCCCCCGCCCGGGGGCCCCGCCCGCGGGUAAGAGCCGCCCCCGCCCCGCCCCGCCUCCCCCAGGCCCCGCCCCGCCCCGACGGGGGCGCCCCAAGGUCACCGCGUCCCCCGAGGGGUCACCCGACGCCCCUCGCCCGGCGGGCCGGGGGGUCCGGCAGAGGCGGCCCGGGCGGCGGGGAGGGAAGAGCCGCCCUCCUUCCCGUGGCGGGGAGUUCCGCAGGUCGCGCUGAGGCGGCGGGGGGGGGGGCGAGCCUGCUUCUCGGGAUCAGGGCCGGAUUGACGUAGAAGCUGAACAAGCUCUAGCUUAGGGUCCCCCCCAAAAAAUUUAAGGGGGAAAACUGGGUGUGCAUUUCCAAAAUUUAAGAGUAAAAACACAUAAAAUGAAACCUGCACCCAGCAGCAGUGCUUUGUGUUGUGUAAGCUCCUCUGAUGUAAGUCGUGGCCCCGCCUGCCAGCCUGCUCAGGUCUUCUAUAGGGUGCCUGCAUUCCGCAUGUGCAAAUGGCUUGAGAUACCUAGUAGGUCCAGAACCCCAAAUCCGGCCCUGCUCAGGAUGCGACUCUCACCCUCAGGAUGCGCCUGGAGAGUGGCAGAGCGAGGGAGCUGGGCAGCCAGGCGUGGGGACGGGGACCACGCAAAGCAGGGCAAGAAGGGGGUCCGGGUCUCUGGUCUGCUGGGUCCCGAGGGCCGUAGGGAGUGGAAGCUGCUCUGGGAUUCUUGUCGUGAGCACCUGAAGUGCAAUUGGGGGCAUCUGCAGAGGCUGCAGGACUAGAGGUCGAUCCGCAGCUUAUUGUCACCUCUGGGUUUUGCGUUGGUUCUGGCCGCAAAGCCUAGAUGGUGUGCUUGGGGUUUGCUUGCUGCUCUUGUUCGCGGUCUCUGCUCAAGCAUCCCUCUGCGCGUGCCGGAUGCAGCACAAUGACUUUGGCAAGGGACCCCCUCCCCACGAACAUUGAGGCAUCUCCUGAUGGUUGUAGCGUUGCUCAUCCUGUAGUCUUAUCUAUUUUACUUAUAAAAUUAUAUAGUGCUGUAUCAUAGAAAUAUAUUACAACAGUUUACAAUAACGUAGAAGUGUAAAACCGUACGGUAAUAACAUUUUCAGGCUGCCUUUCAUGUCCCCUUUCCUCCACCCCCACAAGGGAUGUUCUUGGCUUGUAGAGGAUUGCCUGCUUUCCAUGCAGAAAGCCCCAAUUUCUGGUCCCCCAGUAUCUCCCAGCUAAAAGGGGCAGAGGUCUUCGGCUGGGGAGAUACUGCUAGUUCAUUCAUUCAUUCAUUUAGGUAGUUUAGACCCUGAUUAACAAUUCCCCCCCCCUCACAGUAUAGAUGAGAUUAGAUGAAUGGAUCGUCUGACGUGGUGUUUGGGAGGCUGCUUUAUUAUUAUUAUUAUUAUUACUAUUACUAUUAUUAUGAUUACAGUCAUACCUUGGUUGCUGAACGCCUUGGAACUCGUAUGUUUUGACUCCCGAACGAUUGAAAACCAGAAGUGGAUGUUCCAGUUUUCAAAUGAUUUUUGGAAGCUGAACAUCUGGCGCGGCUUCUGUGGCUUCUGAUUGCAGCCAAUCAGAAGCCGCACUCUGGUUUCCAAACAUUUUGGAAGUUGAACAGACUUCCGGAACCGAUUCCAUUCAACUUCCAAGGUAUGACUGUAUUAUUAUUAUUAGAAUUUGUAUACAGUAGUACCUCUGGAUGCGAACGGAAUCCGUUCCAGAGCCCCAUUCGCAUCCUGAAGCAAAUGCAACCCGCGUUUGUGCAGGUCGCGAUUCGCCACUUCCGCGCAUGCGCGUGAUGUCAUUUUGAGCGUCUGCGCAUGUGUGAGCAGUGAAACCCAGAAGUAACACGUUCUGUUACUUCCCGGUUGCUGCAGUGCGUAACUUGAAAAUGCUCAACCUGAGGCAUAUUUAACCCAAGGUAUGACUGUACUGCCCUAUACCUGGAGGUCUCAGGGUGGUUCACAGAACAAUACCAGGCAAAAGUCAUCGACAGGAGCCUAUGUCUUGCUAUUGUAAGGCCUCGGUGAAGCCCCUCCUGUUGUCGCCGCGACUUCUCUCCAGCCAGGGUCUGCCCACGAGUUCACUCUGUUGUCCUUUCCCCCCAGGCCAACCUGACCUCCUUGGCAGGUCUCUCCCGAGGCAAGAAGGUGGCGCUGACCACGCUGGGGGUGCUGACGGCAGGCGGAGCAGGCCUGGCCCUGGCCCUCCACACUGCAGUGAAUGCCGGCGAGCUGGAGCUGCACCCACCCAACUUCCCUUGGAGUCACCACGGCAUGCUGUCGUCCCUGGAUCACAGCAGGUGCGGACGGGGCAGAGGUGGUGAGGGAGGCAGAGCAGCAGGGGGGGGAGAUUUAUGGGAACUGGGGCACCCCUUCCCCUUUGCAGCCUGCUAGGGAGCCAUUGGAGGUGUGUGGUGUUGGCUGUGCCAGUGGCUGCCCUGUGCCCGUGUCCCUGUCUUGGUUUCUCAGUCGGAUGACUCACACCAAGCACAAGCUCCUCCCCUCCCCCACGCUCUGCUUCCUCUUCCCAGCCCAAGAGAUGUACAGAUCAGAACUAAAGUUCAUCUCUGUCAGCGCCCUUCCAGCAGCUGGCACUUGCCAGGACCUGCCACCUCCUUGGCCUUCCUUGACCAUCAAGGCCUGUACAGUGGUACCUCAGUGAGGAUGCUGGAGCCGCUUUCUGCUGGGUCUCCCACCCUCUCCCCAAGCGGGAAGCAAAGGCUGCUUUAUUCCCUGUCACUGUGACCCCGUAGUCUCUCUCCUCUAGUCCACACGGUCCUGCCCUGCCUUGCUUUGUGCUCUCCUUCCUUCACCAACCCGGGCACUGACUGUACCCUUUUUUCUGCAGUGGGUGCCACACUCCCCAUUCCCUUGCAUAGGUGCCAUUGCCUUUGCUCCCAGAAGAUGCUUCCUGCCUGCCUGCUGGGGGAGUUGCCCCAGAGCCAGGAAGGUUUAUCUUGGCUGGGCCGGAUCAGUCCCACGGAGAUCCCUCUGUGGGCUGAAUCGCACACCCGUGAUUUUCAGCGUCUGUGUUUGCGCAGAUGCGAUUUUUGGCGCCAUGGAAGUGAAUCGCUGUGCCGUGCCGGUUUAGCACAGCGUGAUAGCAGGCAGCUCGAUUCAGGGGUGGCUCGUGGGUCGGUCAAACGACCUCCGCGGGCUGCUUCCAGCCCAUGGGCCUUAGGUUGCUGACCCCUGCCCCAGAGUGUCCUAUCCACCACCCCAAUCCUCCAAGAAGGAAGGAAAACUCUUGCCUGCAUUCAUCCUCCCUAUUGGCUGCUGCUAUCUUUGAUUGUUUGACUUAGUUUGGUUUUUCUUUCAUUUGUAAGAUAUUGUUUGAUAUAUCCUAUUAGUUGUAAGCUGUCACAGGAGGGUUAUAACUGGAAGGGGGGCUAGAAACACACCAGAACCUUCUUUGGCUUGUCUCCAGCGUCCGGCGCGGCUACCAGGUGUACAAGCAGGUGUGUUCCGCUUGCCACAGCAUGGAGUACCUGGCCUUUCGCAACCUUAUUGGUGUCAGCCACACUGAAGCGGAAGCCAAGGCCCUGGCUGAAGAGGUAGGCUUUGAGUGGGGGCGGGGGCUGGGGUUGCUGUGGCUGGCAAAGCUAUGGCCCGGAGCCCCUUGCACAGCUGGUCCUGACUCAGGGGCUCUCCUGCGCUGGCUGGCAUUAUGGAUGGCUUGGUCGGCGGUAUUGGAGGGCGGGUGGGUGAGACCAAAUCAUACUGGGCGUGGGGGGAGGCCUGGCUCCCUGGGGCGGCUUGGGACUAUGGCACUCAAGUCUGGCAUGUCCCGCAUUAGGCUGAGGUGCUGGAUGGACCCAAUGAGGAUGGCGAGAUGUUCACGCGGCCUGGAAAGCUCUCGGAUUACUUUCCCAAGCCCUACCCAAAUCCUGAAGCAGCGCGAGCUGCAAACAACGGGGCGUUGCCCCCCGACCUCAGCUACAUCGUCAAUGCCAGGUAACGCUGCCCAAACCAGGGCUGGACUAAGGCGGGUGGCCUCUGGCACGUUGGCAUGGUUUUGUGCUAUUCCCGGUGGAGGAGCAGAGUCGCCUUUGGUGGUUUUGAGCCUCCCUUGCCCUUCCGUUCCAGGCACGGAGGUGAGGACUACGUGUUUUCCCUCCUCACUGGCUACUGUGAUCCACCCGGCGGUGUGAGCUUGCGAGAGGGGCUUUAUUACAACCCCUUCUUCCCUGGGGAGGCGAUUGGCAUGGCACCCCCGAUCUACAACGAGAUCCUGGAGUAUGAGGAUGGUGAGUGGAGCCGGGCAGGACUUCCCUUGGGCCGGUUGUGGAGCCCCACAGCAGAAUAAAAAUAAAGGACUGAAACCUCUGCCCUCUCCUGUGCAGGCACCCCGGCCACAAUGUCGCAGAUUGCCAAGGACGUCUGCACCUUCUUGCGGUGGGCGGCGGAGCCGGAGCACGACCACCGCAAGCGGAUGGGCCUGAAGGUGGGUCUGCCUCUCCCCGUGGGGUAGGGAGCCCUCCAGGCGGCAGGAGCUUGGCUCCCCCCAGAGAGCGAGCCGGUGGGAGGUCUGGGAACACGCAAACAGGCCUGCUGAAACGGCCCCCUUCUGCCUGUGUGCUGCUCUCCUAGGAAUGCCAGGGGGUGGGGACUCCAGUGAUUCAUUUCCUGAAAUCUUUCUGUAGAAAAGUGACCUUAUGCCCCCCCCUCGACUGUCUCCCCCCCCCCCCCAGAUGAUGCUGAUUAUGGGUAUGCUGUUGCCCCUCAUCUACUACCUGAAGCGGCACAGGUGGUCCGUUCUAAAGAGCAGGAAGAUUGCCUACCGGCCCCCCAAGUGA